GCGGCGCACGGCCUGCUGCUUGGCUCCCCCCCGCGCGGCCUGGCCCUCAGCGACGGCGAGCGGCGGCUGGGCGAGCUCGGCAUCCACUCGGGUGACACUCUAAUAGUCGAAGAGGACACCACGAAACCCAUGCCCGAGUCGCCCAUAAUUGCGAAAAGGAGCGCGCCGAAUUUGGUCAGGGAAACGCUGCCUGUGCUUGCGAGGAGGGUCGUUCCAGCGGAUAACUCCUGUCUCUUUACGAGCAUAUACUACGUGGUAGAAGGAGGCGUUUAUGAUCCAGCUUGUGCCCCGGAGAUGCGCAGCCUUAUAGCUCAGAUAGUAGCGAGCGAUCCAGAGUCCUAUUGUGAGGCAGUCCUAGGGAAAACCAACCACGAGUACUGCGAGUGGAUCAAAAGAGAAGACACGUGGGGAGGAGCCAUUGAAGUAUCCAUUUUGUCUAAGUUUUAUCAGUGUGAAAUCUGCGUAGUGGACACGCAGACCGUCCGAAUUGACCGUUUUGGGGAAGACGCGGGGUACCCGAAGCGGGUCCUUCUCAUUUACGACGGCAUUCACUAUGACCCGCUGGAGCGCAAGUUGCCCAACUCAGACGUGCCUCCCCUGACCAUUUUCUCAACAACUGAUGAUGUUGUCCUUGCACAAGCGUUGGAGCUAGCAGAUGAAGCAAGGCAAAAGAGGCAGUUUACUGAUGUGAAUCGCUUUACCCUGAGGUGCAUGGUGUGCCAGAAGGGGUUAACUGGACAAGCAGAAGCCAGAGACCACGCCAAGGAGACUGGGCACACCAAUUUUGGAGAAGUGUGAUACCUACAUGAGGACAGUUGUGUCUACUACCUCACCAACCCAGAAUAAGAUUCUGGGUUUUCAGAUAAGCUGUAUGUAAACAUAAAAAUUCCGUUCGCAAAGCUUGAAAAGCCCUACUAACUUAAUGGUGGCCAAGGCGCACAGGUCCAUGCUGGUUGGCGUGCAAGUUUACAGAUAUGUGUGUGGUAGUGACUUCUCCCAGCUGGUUUGAAAUAGAUAAUUUCUUGCAUGCUGAUUUGAAGUAAGCUGGCAGGUGUGUGGUGUAUGCUGGUGGCUAGAAUCCCUGACUUCUGAAAGAGCCUUAUUCCUAAAUCUUCCAUGCAAUGUGACCGGAUUUACACCCGGAACAAUAGUUGCCCAUAGAAUUAGUAACACUGGACUACAGUCUCUCAAAUCCGACUUUCAAGAUAGUUAAACUGGUUUUAAAAUUUGGCAACUUCAUGUGCGUAUAUAUCUGUGCUACUUUCCCAAGAGUUUUAUAUAAUAGCUCAUACGCACGUAGGCAGCUCUUGCAGAAAGAGAUGCCUGUUGGAUGAGUAACUCCAAAGCUGCCCUUCCUUAGGACAUAAAUGACAGAAGUAGAAUGUAUAGUUUGAAGUCACGGUGGUAGUGAGAGGGGUGGCCUCUGAGCUUUAAGAUAGACUUCUUAAAAUUAAUGAAUAGACAGUUAAAUACCCACAAACUUAAUCCUUCAUAAGUACCACUUGAAGUGUAGCUUUUAGUUGUUUGAAAACUAACUAUCCUUCCCUUUGUGUUUACACUGCAUCAGGAUGUUGGCAUGUUUUCUGAACUACUUGGAUCUUUGUUAACAACAUGAUCUUAAUUCCGGCAAGGAGUGACACUAGCUAAAAUCUAGUUUUAACGCAUUUAAUAGAUUUGAGUCUGGUAUUCCUCAGACGUGGCCACAGAAUACUGAUAAACUAUACCAGGCUCUAAAUACUCAUAAGUUAGCACUUUUUAAUUUUUUGGUUCUCGUUCUUUUACAGAUCAAAUAUCUUGUUUGAGAAGGACUGAGCAUUUACCCAAAAGGGAAAUAACUUGAAGUGUCUUUGGUGUCUGUAUUCUACCAGAUACCUCUUAACUUGCUUGAAUUCCCACCAAUGACUCUCUUCAGUAGCAAGACCUCAAUUUUAAUAAGGAAUGGAGCCUUUUUAAUUUUUAACAGUAAAAUAAGCUAGGUAGAAUGCUCAACUUCUGACCCUAUUUAAAAAAAAAUCAGGGAUGUUUGAAAUCACUAUAACAAAGAAAUUUUACCUCAUACAUGGAUUGUGAGGCUUGAAGUGCAUUGAGAUUUUUCUAAAUGGUGCUGUAGAGGUGCGUAUUACUGAAAGUCGUCUUUUUUUUGUUAAAAGAAUGCCUGUAACACACUUGUGUUAAAGCAAUUAACAAUAUUCUGACCCCUGCUGGUUUUCUGUUACUGUUUUAAGAUGCCUUCUGUGCAGUUUUAUAUGUGGGAGGCAAGGAGGUCCAUCUUGAAAAUGAAGUAGAAAUGAGUCUGCUGUAGGGAAUGGAAGUUUAAAUUGCCUUCUGUGAAGAACCUCCCAGGUUCCUGUGAGAGGUCAUAUACAAAGCCCUGAUGCAGCAAAGACUCCUUAUUCCAUAAAGCAUGUGCUAAAAUGAUUCCCUGGUUUGAGACCUACUUGCGGAACUUCAAACAGAAGGGUAAUCCUGUUGACACUAGUGGAACUAUUAAAACACAUUUAAGCAUGUGCUUAAGUGCUUCAUUGGAUUGAGGCCUGAAUAAUUAAAUCACUUAAGAGUAUUAUGGACCAGGAUUCCUUUAACUCAGUAUAAAAAUAAAGUAAUUAUGGCACUGGCGUGAGUUUGCUAUAGAUAUUAAGAUAAUGUCUGUUACGGCCCACAUUGCUUUUAGAGACUUUUUAAACCUUUUUAAAUGCUUGACUGAAAGCAAAUGAUUAUGUAUAGAAGCAUAAAUGACUGGGUCAAAGAAAGGAAGAAUAUGAUGUGUACAUCCUUGAAGAUGAAACAUGGCCUAGCAGUUAGACCAAGAAACUGUCAGUCUAACUCACAUGAUGCUAACUUUCAUCCUGAAUGGGUGCAAGACCUUGGACAAAAUCACUACACCUCAGCCUCUCUUUACCCAUCUGUAAAGUGGGUAUGAUGUCUACCUCACAGAGGUGUUUUGAGGCUAAACUGGUGUUUGUAAAGUCCUUGGAUGAAAGGUGCUAGAGAAGUGCAAAGUAGCUAUUUCUGAUGUGCCAUGUUUGCAAACCGGCUGUAGGCUUUUGGGAACAUAACUCUUAUCCUGCAAAAUCAGUUCACUUUCUGGUAUAGAAUUUGCAAAACACAAGACUUAAUGUAUCUGCAUACGUUUGCUAGGCAAAUUAGAUUUCAAAGCCUGUGUGUGGAUUUCUGAAAGUGGAUAGCAAGGCUAAGUGUUUUUAUUUGCCCUGUUACAAUUUUAAAAGCCUGUUUCACAUAUUUAUUUUGCUAUAUCAUGUUUGCAUUAAGGUUCUACUACACUAGUAAUGCCCACUGUCAGAUUAAUUGAGGGAGAGUAGUUGCACAUGAAAGAAACUAUAUUUAUUUGCCUAGAAAAUUGCAUUGUUUUGGAUCUGAGAUCCCAAUAAACUGCUGUAAUCGUUGUCCUGUUUAACAAAAGUCAUUUGUUACAAAAACAAGUAUUUAAUGUAACUUUUCAAAGAGGAAAAUAACCUGUGGAACUGAACUGAAGAAAUUUAAGUAAUCUGAACUCCCUGCCUGUCCCCAGGUAAAGAAGAAAAAAAUCAGACUUUCUAGAAACUUAAAUGUAUAACUCUCAUGUGAAAACCCAACUAAACUUAUUUGUAUUCCUUCUGGAAGAGCUCUGUAAUUGUGUUAGCUUUGUCAUGUCUGAUUUAUCACUAGCACUUAUGUGCCCUUUGUUAACAAUAGAGACAUGGUAAUCUUGCACACGACUGCUUUCCUUGCUCUCGGUGGGAAGAACCUGUAUCUGUGAGUAGCUGUAUUAAUACAUUUUGCACUGAAGCAUGUCCUGUAGCUGCAAGACACUAGUUACUGAUAUUUUGUUCAACAUUUAUUUGUCUGGUACAUAGUUGAGACUUAAGCUCAGGUAACUGGCAUUAAAACAAAGUCUGUCACCUGUGCAGAGUGAUCCAAAAAAAUACUGUUAGACAUGGACUGAUGUUCUUACUGCUCCCCUGCUUCCUUUCCCCACCCCCCCAAUAAAAAUGCAAUUAGCACUACUUUCUUUGCUGAAUAUUUCAGCAGAGGGGCCAGGGAUAGAAUGGACCAUGGAGACUGAACUUGCUUCUCCCAGCAAUGAACUCCUUAGUUAAAGGUUGAGGCGUAUAAGUAUCACUUCUUUGAUUCACUAUAGGACUUCAGUUUCCAAGGCUGCCAGUCUGGCCCCUUUCACCAGCACUAAAUUCUUUUUCCUAGAAAAAGGAGCUUAACAUACUCUAAUCAUGUGGCCUUUCACAAACAUUUUAUAUUGUAUGAAGAGAUGCACAUCUCGUGAUUUUAAUGGCACUUUAAAAGCUUGUCAAAGUUUACAUGUUUAGCAGGGACCUACACUGAUGUAAGCAUUAUUUGUUUCUGUUACAGUGAAAUGACUGAUGUUAGCAAACAGUUUCUAAAACCUUAGUAUUUACCAACGUAUUCCAGUGGUAUGACAUCCUGUUGUUGUGUAUCAUUAGCACCAGUUAUUUUUGGAGAAUAUAUUUCGUUAAACAUGUGCCCCUGAAUUGCAAAAAUUGUGACUGCACCAAUAAAUGUGACUGCAUGCA